AAGAGAAAGAGAAGACAGGACCCAGCCAGAGCUCCCACGUACCCAGCAUUCACACAAAGGAGGCAGCAGAUGAGAACCAUGCGGGCAGUUCUUCAGUGUGUGGUGGUGUGUGUUGUCAUGCCGAUUGCAGUUUGUUAUGACUCACUGGAGAGCCAGGAGUCUUUUGAAGCAGACAUGUUCCUGAGUCCCUCUAAUGCAAACUCUUUCAUCAAUCCCCAACAACACCGUAACUACAACUACAGAAGAUUUUACGCAGUUGGCAGGAAGUCUGAUCCAAAGCAUCUUUCAGUUUCACACAUGUUACAGAGGGUGAAGUCUCCAGCUGAGCGCCACUCUGAGAUAUGUGAAGAAUAUACGCCAUGUCGGCUCUUUUCACAUCGCUAUGGUUACCUAAAGGCCUAUCAGUCUUACUUUGGUCGUCAGCAUAUCAGAAGCAAUUUCCACCGUUACUGAGAUUUAAUAAUGCUGGCCCUGGCUGUCCUGGAGCACUGACAAUAGCUGCAGUUUCCUCUCCUACUGAGAUGUUUCUGUGGAUGUACCAUAAGCAUCUCUGAGAGGUGACGAUCGCUUUCAUGAUAAAAUAGUAAAACUCUCUACUUUGUACCAUUUCUUCUCACUGGUGGUUGAUCUGAGUAUGUAUGCAGCUCAUUUGCUCUGAAACAAUUUGACUGAAGUCAGAUCAGACCAGUUCAAGUCAGACAAAACUUGAUCAAGCCAGUGCUAUUACUUUACUGUCUUCUGUUUAAGAAUAAAAUCAUA